UGAAAACACAGCAACACUAAAACAACAUAUGUUCUGUAGGUGAAAAAAAAAAAUAAUAACAAAUCAUAAUAUGGAAUUUUUACACGAAUCAAUUGCACUGGGCGUGGAUUUGCUAAUAUUGGGUCUAUGCGCGCGGGAGUAUGUGACCUACAAACGCACCGCCCAAGUGCUAAAGACCGCGCCGCAAUAUAACAUCGAUGGGCAGCUGAAAUCGGUGGUGGAGCAGCAGCACGACAAGAAGAUACCCUAUGCGGUGAUCCGGGGAACAGUAACCCCCAUUGGAGUUCCCCUGAGGAGCUCCCUGGUGCCCAGUGUCAGUGGGGUCCUCCAGAUUGUCAAGCUCCACGAGCACAGAAUCACGCGGGGAUUCGCCGGCUUCUGGACGGAGCACCACAAACUGCUCCACGAAUCCGCCAAUGAGAUGCCCUUCGAGUUGCGCAAUCAACAGCAUGGAGUGGAGAUUGUGGAUGCCCUGAGUGCAGCCGUGUUGGAUGUGGACAUGGUCUAUGAUAACUAUGAGCCCUCCAGUCUGUCCCUUUUCGACCACGUUUUUGGCUUCUUCUCUGGCGUUCGCCAGAGGGGCUUGCAAACCACGGAGGAGGUUCUCCGGGAGGGAAGCUUCCUUACCGCCAUUGGGGAGCUGGAAUUGGAUGGUAACACCCUGAGGAUGCAGCCCUCGCAGGAGGGACCUCUCUUCCUGACCACCGCCACCAAAUCCACGCUCAUCAAGCGGUUCGAAGAUGCCAAGGCAGCCUCAAUACUGAAGCUGGUGGUUUGUAGCACCAUUUCCGUUGUCCUGAUUGGUUUCAUUGCCAAGAAGAUCUAUCGGAGGAGGAAACAGGAGCGGGAAGAGGCCAAAAUACGCAAUCGCCUGGAGACUGAGCGAAGGGAACGACGGGCGAGGAGUCGACCCCACACUUUGUCUCAGGAUCAGCUAUGCGUGGUCUGCUCCACCAAUCCGAAAGAGAUCAUCCUACUGCCGUGUGGUCAUGUCUGUCUCUGCGAGGACUGCGCCCAGAAAAUCUCUAUCACCUGCCCCGUGUGUCGUGGUAAUAUCGUCUCCAAGGCGGCCGCCUUCAUCGCCUAGAAAACAGCCCAAUGCCAACAAGAUCACCUUGUACCUGUGUGCGCCAACCCAUUUUUUGUUACAAUGCUCAUGUGCGGCAUUUAUUUUAAAAUUAUUUAAAGUCUUGACAACGAACAGUUUAAGUUA